CUUGUGGAAAAGUGUACACAGACUACAGACGGCCGAUCGACUGGUUCAAUCAACCAGCACAGCAACAUGUCUUCAAGACUAGCUAAAAGAUUUUACCGACCUGAAGGAAUUGAAGACAGUGUUUUGGACAGAGGUGUCACUGCUGAAGCUGAAAAUAGAUGGGUUUUCGAAAUUUCAUGGGAAGUUGUGAAUAAAGUGGGCGGCAUUUACACCGUCAUACGUUCCAAAGCUGGGGUAAGUGUAGAAGAGCUUGGUGAUCAGUAUUGCUUGAUCGGCCCUUACAAUGAAGGUCUUGUCAAAACAGAAGUUGAAGUUAUGGAACCACCGGAAAGCAUUUUUCAAAAUGCAAUCCAAAUGAUGAAAAACUCAGGAAUAAAGGUAGUUUAUGGAAGAUGGCUGAUUGAUGGAUACCCAAGGGUCAUUUUAUUUGACAUUGGAUCUGCAGCGUGGAAAUUAGAUGAAUGGAAACGGGACUUAUGGAAUGUAGCCAACAUUGGAGUUCCCUGGCAUGACAGGGAGUCUAAUGAUUCCAUUAUAUUUGGUUAUCUAGUCGCAUGGUUUUUAGAAGAAUUUUAUAAGCAAGUCACGGAAGAAAGAGAUACCCCUUAUAUUGUUGCUCAUUUCCACGAAUGGCUAGCUGGCAUUGGGCUCAUUCUUUGUCGUACUCGUCACCUUGACAUUGCUACAGUCUUCACCACUCAUGCGACACUUCUUGGAAGAUACUUGUGUGCAGCUAAUUUAGAUUUUUACAACAAUCUGGAUAAGUUUAACUUAGAUAAGGAAGCUGGUGAUCGAGGAAUUUAUCAUAGGUACUGUAUGGAACGUGCAGCUGCUCAUAGCUCCCAUAUAUUCACGACAGUUUCAGAAAUCACAUCAUUAGAAGCUGAACAUUUGUUGAAGCGCAAACCCGACAUAAUUACUCCAAAUGGUCUCAAUGUAAAGAAGUUUAGCGCCAUCCAUGAAUUUCAAAAUCUUCAUGCCUUAGCAAAAGAAAAAAUUCAUGACUUUGUACGAGGACACUUUUAUGGUCAUUAUGACUUUGACCUUGACAAAACUAUAUAUCUUUUCAUUGCUGGUCGUUAUGAAUUCUCCAACAAAGGUGCUGAUUUGUUCAUAGAAGCUUUAUCAAGGCUGAAUCAUUUUUUGAAAAGUGCUAAGAGUGAAAUGACAGUCAUGGCUUUCUUGAUCUUCCCUGCACGUACUAACAACUUCAAUGUUGAGAGUCUUCGAGGUCAAGCUAUUGCAAAACAACUCAGAGAUACAGUCCAUGAUGUGCAGUCAAAUAUUGGAAAGAGAAUGUUUGAAAUUUGUUUAGGGGGUCGUCUUCCAGCUGCAGAUGAAUUACUAACAUCAGAAGAUAUUGUAAAAUUAAAAAGGUGCAUUUAUGCCUCCCAAAGAACUAGUUUACCGCCAAUUUGUACCCACAACAUGAUGGAUGAUUCUAAUGAUCCUGUCCUUAGUCACAUAAGACGAUGUUGCUUGUUCAACACCAGAGAAGACCGUGUAAAAGUGAUAUUUCAUCCUGAAUUCUUAUCCUCAACAAAUCCUUUGUUUAGCAUGGAUUAUGAAGAAUUUGUCAGAGGGUGCCAUAUUGGAGUAUUUCCUUCAUAUUAUGAACCAUGGGGAUAUACACCUGCUGAGUGCACAGUUAUGGGAAUACCAAGUAUUACAACAAAUCUGUCUGGCUUUGGAUGUUUUAUAGCUGAGCAUGUAGCUGAUCCAAUGUCCUAUGGUACCUAUAUUGUGGAUAGGCAAUUCAAAAGCCCUGAAGAAUCAGUUCAACAACUAGCUCAAUAUUUAUUUGACUUUACCUGCCUUUCUCGUCGACAAAGGAUUAUCCAAAGAAACAGGACUGAGAGGUUGAGUGAUCUUUUAGACUGGAAAAAUCUAGGCAUUUAUUAUAGGCAGUCAAGACAAAUGGCUUUACAUAAAACACAUCCUGAAGUACUUGAUGAAGAUACCAUGAGAACGAGAAUGCAAAUGAAGUAUCCAAGACCGAUGUCUGAGCCCCCCUCUCCUCUGAGCUCUCGGGCGUCGACCCCUGCUCCAUCGGAACAUGGCAGCGAUGAAGAGGAUGUCUCAGAAGAUGAUCAAUCUGACGAGCCAACACAUUAAUGCAAAAAGUGAGGGACACAUCAUGAACUUAUCACUUUUCUGACCAUCAGUCAGCUUGUUUACAUUUUUUUUAAAGCAAUAUUAUACAAAGUUUUUCUUUUACAACUUGUUUACCGUUGAUUAUAACUUUUUCCCAUGCUUGGUAGUGAUGCAUAACUUUCUAAGCAUUUGUCACCAUUUUUUGUUGAUUUUAAAUUCUAUGAUUUUUUAACAGUUAAAUAACAUUUUAUACUUGUCUAUCGAAUCUGAUGACGUUUAUGAGAAGUUAUUUAAAAAAAUUUAAAAAAUAUUAUGGUUAAAUAUGUGUAUAUGUGUAAUGAAUUUCCCGAAAGCUGAGCUGCUACUAUAAGUUGGGUUGUUAUAUAUUUUAAGCAUUUUUCUUUCAUAAAACUUUAUUUGUUGUUUGAAAAUGAAUUUAAAACAUGUAUUUCAGAUAGUUUUCAUUAUAAAAUACUGUAAAAAUUAAUCAUCAUCAAUAUAAAUAAUGCAGUUGUAUUUUUCGUACCUAAAUGCAAAUGCUUCCCCCCCCCCCUUAUGAUGGAUUUUAAGCAUUCUUUUAUUUUUGAUUUAUGUAUAUUUUUAAGAAACAUUUUAACAUUGUGAAAAAGUGGAGCACGACUCGUAAGUUUAAAAGAAACGCUUAUACUUGUGAUAAAGACUGGUAUUUCAAUUUGUUGAUUGUUAUAUUAACAACUGCCAACUUGUUUAGUUAGAAUGUGUAUUGUUGGACAAUCCUUUUUUUGUCAAUUAGUCCUAAUAAUUUGUUAUUGUGCCAUAUAUGUUCAUUCAAAUUCUAUAUUUUUAAUUCAGGAUGUAAUGUUCAACUAAAUAAAAUUGUUAUAGUUUUGGAAA